AUGGCUUCCAAUGGUGGGUCGGGAGACGGCCAUGCCAAGCAGCCCCUUUUCUCCUUCGGUGUCAUAACCGAUAUCCAGUAUGCCGAUAUUCCCAACGGCCACUCAUUCCAUGGCGUCCCGCGAUACUAUCGCCAUAGCAUUCAGGUUUUACAAAGAGCAGUGCAGCAAUGGAAUGAUGAUCAGAAGAAGAAGAAGAAGGUCCAGUUCUCCAUGAAUUUUGGGGAUAUUGUCGAUGGCUAUUGCCCAAAGUCCGAGUCACUCAGUGCCGUGCAGAAAGUCGUCAAAGAAUUCGAGAGGUUCAAUGGACCGACCUACCACAUGAUAGGCAACCACUGCCUUUACAAUCUCCCUCGCAAUCAGUUGAUUUCGUUGCUCAAGUUGCCCUCUGAAUCUGACCAUUUGUACUACGACUUCUCCCCUAGUCCGGAGUACAGAUUCGUCGUUCUCGAUCCGUAUGACAUCAGUGCAAUUGGCUGGCCGCAUGACCAUCCGAAUACACUAGCAGCUAGUCGAAUUCUCAAGGCCAAGAAUCCCAACGUCGACAAGAACAAUCCGGCCGGCAUGGAAGGUCUUGAACAGAGGUUCGUGAUGUUUAAUGGAGCUGUCGGCAAGGAUCAAUUGCGUUGGCUCGAUGAUGUGCUUCGUGAAUCCACGAAGAAGAAGCAGAAGGUCAUCGUGUGUUGUCAUCUCCCUCUUUAUCCUGAAGCAGCAUCGGCAUUGGCACUCCCGUGGAACUAUGAAGAUGUGCUGACUUUGAUCCAUCGGUAUGGAUGCGUGAAGGCUUGCCUUUCCGGUCACGACCAUAAGGGCGGCUACGCCGUCGACUCUCAUGGAAUCCAUCACCGUGUUCUUGAGGCUGCUCUGGAGUGUCCUCUCGGAUCAAAUGCAUUUGGAUGUAUCGACGUUUACGACGAUAGACUUUCUCUCGUAGGAACUGACAGAUUGAAGAGUACAGAGAUGGCCUUCAGCUAA